UCUUUCUUUCUUUUUCUUUUUUUUUUUUUUUUUUUCGUUUUCUCGAUUGUAAAAAUAAAGUGUCGUCUGUCGUUACUACAUGGAAGAAGAAGAUAGAACAUCAACGAGCUCGUCCAAGAUUUUCAUAAUAGACGUUAAUUUCGAGGAAUAAUGCUGGCCAUCGUCGUCGUCAUCAUCGUCUGAGGAAAUUGAAAAUUGAAUCGAUGGAGGAUGAUGUUAGAUGGGAAAGAAGAUUCAUCUCCCGAGAUCGAGGAAUGGCGUGUGGGAGAAAAAAAACGUGUUGGCUUACCACGUUAAGAGAAUAAAAAGACGAAAGGAGAGCUACUUUCGAAACAAUGACGACGAUGACUUAAGAUCAAAGACCGUUUCAAUCGUAGAAACGAACAAUAUGAUAUUCGAUGGACGAGCUGAUAGAUAAAGAAUAAAAAUUAAAAAGGAGGCCCCCUGUGUAAGAGUGUGUUGACCUCUGUCCACUUGUGCAAUUUUCAACGUGGCACAGAUCCGUUGAACGGAAUUCUUUGCAACAUGUUCGGGACGAAAUUGCGCACGUGGAUGGAGGCACACAUUGUGCGAUCAAAGAAAAAGAAGGAUCGUAAAAAGGGCGAUAAGGGAUUCGAUUCUAACUGCAAUUCACCGAGAAGUCAUAGUGCCAAUAGAUCGCCUGCUUUGCAUCAAGUACAUCCUGUAGACUCGCCAACAAGAAACGGAGUAGACGGAAUUCGAUUGCACGGUGGAUCCAGUGGUGUUGAUCGUGGUGUUGGUGGUGUUGGUGGUGGUGGUGGUGGUGGCGGGUACGCUGGAACGGUGACCACCUCUUCCGGUACGUCCGGUGGUACCGGAAGCGUGAAUCUUUCUUCUCCGGAAAGUGCCUACAGUACCGGAUACUCGACGGACGGUACGUCGCCCGGUACGAGCUUUCCGCCCGAGUAUUACAUCAAUAUCAGGACGGGCACGCAUUAUUUUCAAAGUAACAAUAAAGGUAGGGCGCAGGGAAAUGCGGGGAGGAUCGACGACAGAACGAACGAGUCUACGAACAAAUCCUCGAACAUGACCGGUGACAAUAGUAAGCAGCCAAAGGAUGUACGUACGAGCACCCCGGCCAAGCUCAACGCGCUUAGCGCCGAAGCUACGAUCAAUCAUGGAUCGAAACAACAACUAAAGCAACAACAACAACAACAACAACAACAACCACAGACUCCGCAAAGACAGCAAGAAAAUUCUCAUCGAAGAACGGAAUCCUUCUCAGCUGAUUCCUCCAGGAAUAAUCUUCCUGUACCAUCCUCGAUACCUCCCCCACUUGUCUCACCAACCGUACAAUCACCUCGCGAACGAUCACGAAUAAGAACGAAUCCGUGGUUGUCGGCAAACUCUUCUGGUUCCAGCACGACCGGCUUUAAAUCUAGGUUAACACUCGAUGAAACCAGCAGUAGUUCGGGUCUAAAGCUGACUGAAUCAUCCGGUAGUGCCAGUGACGUCAAUGUUAACAGCGCGAGAGAGAGUCUAACAAAGAGGGAACAUCGUCAAGAGAGUCUCAGCGCUGGACGUAGUCCGAUAAAUCAAAAUUGGAGGAUUUUGCCUGGUAUGGAUAUAAGACCUAAGAUACCAUUGGCUAUGCAACGUCGUACAAGUAGCAGUAGCUCAUCAGGAUCGUCGGUAACUCGAAGUGCUCGUUCAUCCGAGGACGACAUAACUUUGAACGAAAUGAUGGGGAAAUUCGACGAGAGUUAUGUUUACGAGAAAGAGACGGAUAUAUUGUCGGAUAGCGACCCAACCGAUUGCGAGGAUUACAUAGAUUCUUUGUCGGACGUUGAUACAGGUCAGGACGGUGGCGAUGAGAACGAUCCUUUCGAAAACGAUUUCGAUUACAUCGACAAUGGUUCCUUCCUCGAUUUAGAUAAUCUCGAAUGUUCUUCUAAUUUUCCUAAUACCGGUCACUGUACUUAUUUCACGUUUACGAGCGAGCUCAGUAGACGUGGUACAAGAUUGAGAGAAUCCUUCUUGAAACGAAGAAACAAGGACGAGAUUCUUCCUCAAAGGACGAUCAGUAUGAGGAACGCGGCUAAGAGACAAAGUAUUCGAUAUAAAAAGACGGAAGAGAAACAACAGGGUGGCGAUAAACGUAAAAAGAGAAUAUCUCAACGUAGGAAACCAAACAUGGAGAAGUUCGACGACGAGACAGCGAAUUUGAAUCGAGUAUUGGUCGAGAGAAUGUUGCUGAAGAAUUCUGGAUUUAAUCAGGGUAGUAGAAGCGUAGGUGGUACGCCUAUAUGCCUUCGUCGUAAGAAACACGACGUUAAUAAAAAUCUUUCGCCGAUGAGAUCGAACGAUAAUAAUCAAUCGAUGAUGCAGCCUACGAUCGUCGAAAACGAGGUCGUCAAAAGACGUUCGAAUUCGGUGAGUUACGUAAAUGGGAACAUAGUGAGAAGACAGGUCACUGGGAACACAUACAUGACGACGUUCGCGUCUGAAAUAGCUCUGAUCGAAGCAGACAAGGAAGCCGACAGGAAGUAUCGCGAGUUGAUUAUGGAAGCUGAAAAUAUCUUGGUAAAUAUGCAAAAGAAUCAAAACUCCUUGCCGAUCGUACCGUCGCCAUCGAGAAAGUUUCACAAUGGUCUGGCUAACAAGCGUGUCGAGCUGAUCAAGAACACGGAAUUGAACAUCGAGCUUGCCUUAUCCAAAAGUAGAAAUUCUCAACCGGAAUUGCAGAGUGGUAGUAUAAGGGAUAUAGAACAUACCAGUCCAAAGAGACAAUUCACGCAGCCAUGUUCGCCCGUUCAUCGUUUUAUGGAAAGAAAUUCGGCUGGAAACGUAUCUAGAGACGUUCCCUUUAAACAGGACGUCGCAAAUUGUCCCGAUUCACCUUACGUAUCUAGAAGAACGCCUCAGGGUUCACCUAACAGAAAUCUCGUUCAUUCUUCAACCCGUGUACGUGGUAGUAUUUGUCCUACUACCGGUGUAAAGGACAACGGGCGUCCUCGAGUUAUCUUGAAUUGCAACGGAGUAGGACAAUCUACGGUUGAAACGAACGAUUGUCAAACCUCUCAAGGUUCCACUUUCCCUGGCAAUAAAGCGACACAGCUUCUUCCUCAACACCACAGAGAUUCGAGAUUAACUAUGGACAAUAGGAAGGACUCGAGAGUCUCAAUAUCGUCGACCAAGGAGGAGGAGGAGGAGGAGGAAGAGGAGGAGGAGGAUGGCGUGACGUCGAGCUCGUCGGAUUCCGAGGAGAAAUGCGACGUUAGGCGGAGACCACCUCUGAUGACGUUCAGAUCAAUCGACAUGGGCCCGAUCAAAGAAGGUUCUUCUUACUGUCCUCAAAGUGAACCGGUUAAAAGGAAGGUUUAUGCUGGUAGUGCGACUUACGGUAGAAUACAAAAGACAUUAGGUCAUCAUCAAGUGUUAUUAAGAAAUUCUGAUGGCGAUACGGCCACCGAUGAUACCGAUGAUUCUCGAAGAUCCUUGAAGGAGAAAGUAGCGCAACUACGUCAAGAGCGUUUGGCGGCUGAAGCGAACGCUAACGUUCAAGACUCUCAACUAUUUCAACAACAACUUACUCAACUACGAAGACAAAUGUUGAUGCAAACUAUAGAAGGUUUAAAACGUAGUCUCGAAGAUCAAUCGGCUACGUUAAAACAAACGUGUUUGGAACCGGUAUUGUCUGAUGAAUUACCUACAACGAGAAAGAUGCUCGACAAGCGAAUAAAUAUCGUUCUUUUUCUAAAUUAUUUUUGCAUUUUGUCUACUGAAAUUAUUGCACAAGACAUUUUAGGAUGUGGAGGAUUUUUAAAGAGCCACGCUGAUAUCGAUUUUACAAAAGUUCACAUUAAAUUGUAUACUAAGACUGGUAGUUUAAAAGAUGAGACAGAAUGUGCUCCAAACACUGGAUAUUACUUUUUACCCCUUUAUGAUAAAGGAGAGUAUAUUUUAAAGGUAGAUCCUCCUAGAGGUUGGAGUUUCGAUCCCAUGGAAGUAUAUUUAAAUGUCGAUGGUUUUACAGAUAUUUGUAGUCAAGGAAAGGAUAUUAAUUUUACUUUCAAAGGUUUUGGAAUCACAGGCAAAGUAACAAGUUUUAAUUCUUCGUUGGGUCCGAAAGACGUUACUGUGUCAUUAUAUAAUGCUAGUAAUAAGGAAACCGUAGUUGGAUCAACCAAGACUGCCGAUAAUGGAAUAUUUUAUUUUACACCUAUUCAACCAGGCAAAUAUAUACUUGUUGCAUCUCAUCCUACGUGGAUGAUAAAAAAAAAUACAGUUGAAGUAACUGUACAAGAAGGUAACGCUGAACUUUCAGACGAUAGUUUAGUAAUAUUUGGAUACGAUGUAAGAGGUCAAGUGACUAGUGAAAAUGAACCAGUCAGUGGUGUAUCCUUCAUACUCUUUGGGAAUGGUGCAGCAAAGAAUUGCGAAACUUCAGCAGUUAAAGGAUUUGAAUCGAAAAAUCCACUUUGUCAUGUUACCUCUGAUAAAACUGGAAAAUUUAUUUUUCCUGCGUUGUCAACUGGUGAUUACAAGCUUGUCCCACAUUAUCCUAGUGCUCACACUAAAUUUGAUGUUCAACCACCCGAAUUAUCAUUCGAAGUUAGUCACAACAGUCUGACGUUGUCACAAGAUUUUAAAGUGACUGGUUUUACGGUAACUGGUGUAGUUCGCAUGUCAGUAGAUGGCAAACCAUUGGCAAGAGCAAAAAUUAUAUUCGCCGGAAAAGAAGUAGCUGUAACAAAUGAAAAUGGGAAAUAUACAAUAGAUAAUGUAAAAGCUGGACAAUAUACGUUGAAAGCAGAAGCUGAUAAUGUGCAGUUUGAGGAGAGAACUGUUAAAGUCUCUCCAAGUUCACCUGAAUUGCCAGUUUUAAUACCAUUGAUGUAUAAAGUAUGCGGGAAAGUUACAUUAUCUACAAAAGGAACUCUACAUUUCCGUAAGAUAGCUGUACAAAAUAUUGCUGCUACAUUCCAAAAAGAAAUUGAUACUAAUGAAAAGACUGGAGAUUAUUGUGUACAUUUAAAGCCUGAUAAAUAUCAAUUAAGUGUAAUCGUGAGUAACGAAGAAAAAACUAAAGGUUUACAAUUCUUUCCUUUACAACAAACCAUUGAUGUAUCAUUUGAGACAAUUAACAACAUCAACUUUCUACAAUUAAAAGCUCUUUUAACUGGCAUGGUCAAAUGUUUGCCAGGAAUAGAUUGCAGUCAAGCUUCGGUUACGCUUAAAGUACUCGAUGGAGUUACGAUAAAAACAUCAACGACGAAAGAUGGCCAAUAUCAAUUCUCCGAUGUAUUACCAGGACAUUAUGAAGUAUUAGUAGACAACGAUGUAUUUUGUUGGAAAAAUCCUAGUUACAGAAUAUCGAUAACGUCUGAACGUGCUGAAGUACCUCCUUUCCAACAGACCGGUUUCUCAAUGACUUUUAUUUCUUCUCAUGAAACAACGGUUGAAUAUGUUGUACCAGGUGAAACAAAAAAAUCAUCUUUAGUAUUAUCCAAAGGUAGUACAAGGCAUUGCGUAUCUAAGCCUGGAGAAUAUAGUUUUACACCCAAGGGUUGUCAUGUAUACGAUAAAAAAACAUUCGUUUGGGAUACAAAUAAUUUAUCCCCAAUUAUUUUAUCAUCCUCUGAACAUCGUCAUCAAGGAAAUAUUAUAAGUUCUACCGCAGUGGAUGGUGUAAAAGUUAAAAUUGAAAGUUCAAAUCAUAAUAUCAUGAUUGGACCGCUUAAAUAUACAAAGAAAGGAGACGUUUUUAAGUACAAUUUCGAAUUUACAACGAAAACUGGUAAUAUAUACAUUAUUACUCCUCUCUCGGAUAUUCUUUUAUUUAAUCCAUCAUCUGUCAAAGUUCUUGGAGUAAACGAAUGUUAUAAUGACAUUGCAACUUUCAUCGGAGAUUUAGGAAAGAUCAUAGCUGGAAAAAUUUCACCUUCUUUGGAAGGUGUAACAAUACAAAUAUUUGCAAAUAAUAAACAAUCUCCUAUGCAUACGAUAAUUACAAAAAAAGAAGGGACAUAUAGUGUUGGCCCAUUGGAUGGGAAAAUAGAAUAUAGCGUUACAGCUGAGAAGGAAGGUUUUGUGAUAACAGGACCAAAUAAUAAUGGGAUAUUCUUAGCACGCAAAUUAGCUGAAAUUAUAGUGCAAGUAUAUGAUCAAGCGGAUAAAUCAACCUUGCAGGGCGUUCUACUUUCUCUUUCUGGUGGACAAAAUUAUCGUAAAAACAGUAUGACGAGUGACGAUGGGAAAUUAAUUUUUAAUUCUUUAUCACCCGGAGAAUAUUAUCUCAGACCUAUGAUGAAGGAAUAUAGAUUUGAGCCACCAUCAAAAAUGAUCAACGUGGCCGAAGGUGCAACCGUUAUGGUAAACUUAUUUGGCAACAGAGUUGCAUUUAGCGCUUAUGGAUCAGUCACGUCAUUAAAUGGAAAAUCUGAAGCAGGAUUAUUAGUCGAAGCUCAAGGUCAAGCAGAUUGUUCCAAUCUUCAAGAAGAAGCGACUACCGAAGAGAAUGGUACUUUUAGAAUCAGAGGUCUUCAGCCAUUGUGCACAUACGUUUUACGUUUGAAAUCUAACGUGGAGGCAAAUAAUCAUAUACAACGUACGAGUCCUAGUUCGUUGAUGAUACAAACAGGAGAGGACAUUCGUGGACUUAAAUUAAUCGCAUUUCAUCCAAUUUCACGUACAGACGUUUCCGUUCACGUAGUGUCGGUACAAUCAGAACAUUACCGUACUUUAAAAGUGAAAUUAUGCAGAGAAGACAUGCCGGAUUCGCCUAUACACAUAUCCAAAUUGGAUACACAACAUUCUAGUAAAAUUGGCACGUCAUACAAUGCAGGUUUCCUCAUAUAUUUUCCACCUUUGCAAGCUGACAAUAAGAAAUACUUCAUACAGUUGGAAUCAUCCUUAUCUCCUAGCUUACAUAAGUAUAAAACAAAUUCUGUUUAUUUCGAAGCUAAUUCGUCGUUCAAAUAUGUUAAAUUAACGUUCAAUGCUGAACGCAAAGUUGAUCAAGGAGAUAUGAAUCAAACGUCUAUAGUAGCUUUACCAUUUAUAAUGUUAAUUACAGUAGCAUUUUUAAAUCGUGAAAAAUUAUGGAGCUGGCUAAAUACAUUGGUCGAAAGGUGGUCUAAACCAUCACCGAUUUCUAGAACACCUGUACAAGCGAUUCCUAUCGAUCCAAGAGCGGAUGAUAUUAUUGUUGAACAAAUAAUGAAUAUUAAUAAGAGGAAAACGAAGCUACGGAAAACAUAACAUUUAAAGGAAAUUUUAUUUCAUUAUUUUACACACGAAUGACGUUCCAAUUUAUGGAUCUCAUUUUUGUUUCCGUUCGUUUCAACUUAUGGAUUAAAUUAUGUACACGGAUUGUUUUAGCAAUGGUCAUCAUUGUGAAUUUUAAUAUAUCACAGAUAUUUUGAAUACUAUUUAUGCCAUGUUUCUUUAGCGCAUUUUUCAUCGAUUAUAAGAGAAUCUUAAAAGGCUUAAUAUAUUAUAAAUAUUUGAUAAUGUACAUAUAUAUUAUAUAUAUAUGUGUGUAUGUGUAUAUAUAUAUAUAUAUAUAUAUAUAUAUAUAUAUGAUCAAGUAAAUACAUAGAAUAAUUAAGAUUCAUGUUCUAUAUAAGUUACAUAAUAUAGAACAAUUAUAUAUAAGAAGAAAAGGAAAAAGGAUUGUAUUAGAUUAUAAAAUGUGUUUGUGAUCGUUUGAAGUAAGAAAAUUAAAUUAUAUCAAAUACAAUGAUGUUAUAUUUUACAGGUAAAUAUAUAUAUAUAUAUAUAUAUAUAUAUGUGUGUGUGUGACAAAAAAAUUUACUAUUUUUAAAGUUCAAAAUAUGUAUAUUUAGUAAUACUAUGAUUUUUCUUAAUGUUUUACAUAUAUAAUUGUAUACAUGAUCCACCUGUGAUACGACCCCGCAAGUCUUUUAAUCGCCUCUUCUGUAAAAUCACGAUAAUUUGCAGGUUUUCUUUUUUUUGUCUCACUCGUCGAAAUUUAAGGAAUGAAAUAUGCCUAUAAAAGAAAAAGAAAAGAAAGAGAAGAAAACGUGUCAUUGAUAUAAAAUAAGAGAUUAAAAAUAUUAUAAUUAUUGUUUGACAUACCAAAGGAUUUGUCAAAUACAAGCAUCUAUUAAAAUUGUAUGCUAAUACGCAUCUAUCA